GAUUCACAAAGCGUUUCAGUGGGAACCUUCAAACCUACAAUGUUGGGAACGGCGUCGUGAGUAAUAAAGUAAUGUCCUGCAAAAGCGAAAGGACAACAUUGUCCAUUAACUAAUUGAAUGAUCGGUAAAUACCUCCCGCGGCUACUGUUAGCCCCUCGUAUAUGUCGUUUAACUUGACAGAAUGUCGUUUUUUCACAAGGUGAGUGCUGGCUAAAUGAUAAUGGCACACGUUGGGGCAGUAGUCGCAGCAAUGGCUGGUGUGAUGGCCAUUCUGCUUCAUUCUUCCAUACACAAGAUUGAGGAAGGACAUUUAGCUGUGUAUUACAGAGGAGGAGCUUUGCUUACAUCCCCUAAUGGCCCGGGUUACCAUAUAAUGCUGCCUUUCAUCACUUCAUACAGAUCAGUACAGACAACCAUGCAAACAGAUGAAAUAAAAAAUGUGCCUUGUGGAACCAGUGGGGGUGUCAUGAUUUAUUUUGACAGAAUUGAGGUGGUCAACAUGCUGGUUCCAUUAGCAGUGGUGGACAUAGUGAAGAACUACACAGCAGAUUAUGACAAGACGCUAAUCUUCAACAAAAUCCACCAUGAGUUAAACCAGUUCUGCAGUGUGCACACACUACAGGAAGUCUACAUAGAGCUGUUCGACAUAAUUGAUGAGAACUUAAAGACUGCUCUGCAGAAGGACUUGAAUUCUAUGGCUCCUGGUCUCACAAUUCAGGCAGUGCGAGUCACCAAACCUAAAAUUCCUGAGGCAAUCAGAAGAAACUAUGAGCUAAUGGAAGCAGAGAAGACCAGGCUGCUCAUCACUGCUCAGACACAGAAAGUGGUGGAGAAGGAGGCUGAAACUGAGAGAAAGAAGGCCAUCAUAGAGGCUCAGAAAGUGGCUCAAGUGGCGGAGAUUCACUUCCAACAAAAAGUGAUGGAGAAGGAAACCGAGAAAAAGAUCUCUGAAAUUGAAGAUGCUGCUUUCCUGGCAAGAGAGAAGGCAAGAGCAGAUGCAGAAUUUUACACUGCUGCCAAAUUUGCAGAAGCCAACAGGCUGAAGCUGACACCAGAGUAUCUAGAACUGAUGAAAUAUCAGGCUAUCGCCGCAAACAGCAAGAUCUACUUCGGUCAAGACAUCCCAAACAUGUUUGUAGACAACAGUGCCUCCCGUCCGACCGCAGGCCAGGGUGCAGCAGACUCGGCCGAGCAGCUGGAGGCCCUGAGUAUGAAAGAGAGUCUUAAGAAAGCCUCUAAGCCCAAAGCCACAGAAAUCCACUGAGGGGCCUGAGAGCUGUCCACCCCCUCUUCCUCUGCUGUUUCUCUCUCUCUCUCUCUCUAUCUCUUUGUGGGGCAUGGGUGCUUGUGAGGCAUGCUGACAUGGAUACUUUUCACUCUUCUUCUGCAGUGGGGUUGGGUGCUUGGCUAACUGUGCUUCGAGUCAGUCAGCUGAGGAGACUGACACACAGAGCCUGUGGUUUUCCAGCAGUCACUUGUGGACUAAAAAGGAAUGUCCAGGAACUGUGCUACUGAAUAUUGCCAGGUCGAAUUGAAGCGAUCCAAAUCCUCUCCCUGACUCUCACAUCAGCAUGCUUUUUUUCCCGCUUUUUUUGCUCUCAACUUUCGCUUGUUUUGCAAAUUCAUGCUAAUUACUUGGCAGAUGCAUCUGUGUGAAGUAUGUGAACAUUUCGAGGUUUACCUUUUAUGUGUUGUCUUUUACAUAACUGGAAUUAUAAGGCAUCACACUAAUUGAGAUCAAAGGCGAUGGCCAAUGCUGUUACCAUCAGAUAAAACUCAUUUUGUAGCCAAAACUUGUCAUCUACUUUUCAUUCAUAUGUUGUUUAAAAGAUACUUCAUCCUAGCAUCAAGUUUAAAUUCUGUCAUUAUUUAUUCGCCCUCAUGUCAGUUUUUUAUUUAACAUUAAAACUUUUUUCUACUGAAAAAAGGUAGUCACGCUGUUCAUGGCAACUUGAGGGUAAGUAUCUGAUGACAGAAUUGUAAUUUUUAGGUAAACCAUCCCUGUAUAAAACCUUCAUUUCCAUCACCACUAACUUCAUUAUCACUAAAAUCUUAAUUUAGUCCAGCCACAUCUGCAGAGAUCAGUGGCUUUUACAUCUCUGUGUAAGAAUCAAAUGUUUUAAAAUCAUCCCUGCUAGUUUCUUAAUGAUCUGUGAUUGAGAAUUUUGACACCUGAAUACUUUGGUGUGAGUUUAAUUUAAUAUAAUGUCAGAAAUAGUUGGUUUGGUAUAGUGUUGUGUAGUGUGUUAGUUUGUUGGUGCCCUGUGCCUGUUUUUGAAUUGUUGGUUCUUAGAAGGUGUCACACUGAACAAGGGUAUGUGGCUUUCAUAAAGUUUCAUAAGACGUCAAAGCUUUGAUCCAGGGCUCCAGCCUUUGAAAUGCUACGAGAUGGAUAGCUAAUGGAUUCUAUAUAGUUGAGUCUGUUGCUUUAUGACUGAAAAUGCCUUUAUGAUUUUAGUUAAACUUGCUUGUUUUGUCAUUACUGGAAGGAGUUUAUUUCAAAGGGAAUUCAGUAACAAUAAGGGCUGCUGUAUUAUUAGACACUAUUUGAUGGGUAAAUGCAUUAAUGAUCAGAUGUUGUAACAAUAUAUUACUGCAUGCUAGAUGAUUUUCUGAAGCCUAAAAAACUUCACCACUAGGGGAAGCCGGUGCUCUUUAAGAAUCAAACUAGGCAUCAAAGACCUCUGUGACUCAAAAUCAUAAUAAUAAUAACAAUAAUAAUAAUGCAUUAAAUCGAACCAUCCAAGUAAGGCUUUGAAUAGUGUCUAUUAGUACUAUCUCUCAGGAAAAGAGACAUGAAUGACCUGGAGUUUUUUUCACCCUACAUCAAAUAUAAGUUGUAAAAUCAGAUAUAAGGUCAUGUUGUCUGUGUAUAUCUAUCUGUCACAGCACAUAGUCUUACAUCCUCUACAUAACUUUUCCAUUAAAGAGACAUGCAUUUAUUUAAUACAGUUAGGCUUCUCCCAUUUCUCCUUAAAAUUGACUUUUGUUCUUUUCCUUCAGAGAGUUUAAUUGUCUCAAAAGUUUUGAAGCAAUUCGCAAAGCUUUUUCUGUGAUUCUUGUGGCUGAUUAAAUAAGAGAGGACAGAACUUGACUGCCCUGGAAUAAACCCACUCUGUGAAUGUCACUUUUUUUAUGUCAGCAUAAUUUAAGUUCCUAAUUUUAAAACAUUUAUAUGCAAAAUUUAUAAAAUUUUGACAAUGUUCAGUUCUGUGAAAUAAAACCUAUUUUGAUACCAUUAAAA